UAAAACGACGCUGUCUAAAUACGUUUCACUCUUCUCCUCCUUUCUAGGGUUUUCGCAGCUGAAAGAACCAACAGAGCCUCCUCAAAAACCCUAGAGCUCUCAAUCCCAUCAUUUCGAAGCCAUGUCGAAGAGGAGGACUAGGGAACCAAAAGAAGAAAAUGUGACUCUUGGACCCGCUGUCAGAGAAGGAGAACAAGUUUUUGGUGUCGCCCACAUUUUUGCAUCAUUUAAUGACACCUUCAUACAUGUGACUGAUCUGUCAGGAAGAGAAACACUAGUUCGCAUUACUGGUGGGAUGAAGGUGAAAGCUGACAGAGAUGAGUCCUCACCAUAUGCUGCCAUGCUUGCAGCACAGGAUGUUUCUCAGAGAUGCAAGGAACUUGGCAUCACUGCCUUGCAUAUCAAGCUCCGUGCUACUGGUGGGAACAAGACCAAAACACCUGGUCCUGGGGCACAGUCUGCUCUCCGUGCACUUGCUCGUUCUGGAAUGAAAAUUGGACGUAUAGAGGAUGUCACUCCAAUUCCUAGCGAUAGCACUCGUAGAAAGGGUGGUAGAAGAGGAAGAAGGCUGUGAGCUUGCUUUUCUUAUCCAGUCAGGUGUUUUUGCUCUUGCAAUGGUUGUGAUUUCCAAAUGAGCUUUGGGACAUUGGAAAUUAGAUACAAUUACUACCCAAUUUUGAAACUAAUUUGUACUUUUCUACGUGACUUGCGAAAGAUUUAUUUCGAAUUGUUUGAAAACAAAUUUUAUAAGACUUGGCUAAAAUUAUGACUUCUAGUUUUUCGUAAGGCAUUAUUUAUA